AUGGAAAACAAAGAUGUUUAAAUUUAUGAAUAAACUUUCCAUUAAUUUUAGGAGGAAUUGAAUAAAUUUGUAAAAAUAAUUGAAAGUAAAAAAUUGGAAGUUGAAGAUAAUGAAUAUUCAAUAGACAGAAUAAUUAUUGAAUUCAUUAAUUUUAAUAAUUCAGAAAAAAAAAUAUUAUCAAAUUUAAAAAUCAAAAAAAAAUAAAUUAAAAAAUAUAUAGUAGAGACUUUAAUAAUGUGA